AUGGAGGCCGCGGUGAGCCAGACGAAGGCGCCCGGGCCGGGAGCGGCGGCCCCGGCCCGUGGGGUCCGUGGGGUCCGCGGGGUCCGCGGGGUCCGAGGGGCUCGCCACCGCCACCGCCGCCGCCGCCUUCGCCCCGGGGACCCCGGGGAGCCGCUCCGCCCCGACCACAUGGGCCUCCGGCCCGCCUUCGCCAAGCCGCCCGGCGCCGGCCCGGGGACCGAGCCCGCCGCCAUGCACGGGGGCCUGGGAGGCGAGCGGGGCCCGGGGUCCCCGCCGCCACCGGCCGCCUUGGGCACGGUGUUCAUCUCGUCGGCCGGCACCUACGCGGGCCCGGACGGGGCGGGGGCGGGGGCGGGGGCGGGGGCGGGGGUCCCGCUGGACGGGCAGAUGCGGCUGGGCCUGGCGGCGGCGGCGGCGGCGGCGGCCGAGCUGUACGGCCGGGCCGAGCCGCACUACGGGGCCGCCGCGCUGCACGGCUACGGCCCCGGCGACUUCGACCUGGGCCUGGCGGCCGCCGGGCACCGAGCCCGCCCCCCUCCGCCGCACCCCCGCGCCCACGCCCCCUCGCCCGGGGCCUUCCUGCGCUACAUGCGGCAGCCAAUCAAGCAGGAGCUCAUCUGCAAGUGGAUCGACCCGGACCUGCGGCCGCUGCCGCCGCUGCCGCCCCUACCGCCGCUGCAGCCGCUGCCGCCCCUGCAGCCGCUGCCGCUGCUGCAGCAGCAGCCCCCGCAGCCCCCGCAGCCCCCGCAGCCGCCGCCCCCCCCGGAGGAAGGCGCCAAGCCCUGCUCCAAAACUUUCAGCACCAUGCACGAGCUGGUGAGCCAUGUCACCGUCGAGCACGUCGGGGGGCCCGAGCAGAGCAGCCACGUCUGCUUCUGGGAGGAGUGCCCGCGCCAGGGCAAGCCCUUCAAGGCCAAGUACAAGCUCAUCAACCACAUCCGCGUCCACACCGGAGAGAAGCCCUUCCCCUGCCCCUUCCCCGGCUGCGGCAAGGUCUUCGCCCGCUCCGAGAACCUCAAGAUCCACAAGCGCACGCACACAGGGGAAAAGCCUUUCAAAUGCGAGUUUGAUGGAUGCGACAGGAAGUUUGCCAACAGCAGCGACCGCAAGAAACACUCUCACGUCCAUACCAGCGACAAGCCCUACUACUGCAAGAUCCGAGGUUGUGAUAAAUCCUACACGCACCCCAGCUCUUUGAGAAAGCACAUGAAGAUCCACUGCAAGUCUCCCCCGCCUUCUCCGGGGGCUCUCGGUUAUCCCUCGGCGGGGACCCCCCUGGGAUCCCCUCUGUCCCCUGGCCCGGACCCUGCCAGGAGUCGCUCGGCCACUCUCUCGCCCCCGGUCACCAACCUCAACGAGUGGUAUGUCUGUCAAGCCAGCGGAACCCCAAACCACCUCCACACGCCUUCCAGCAACGGGACCACGUCGGAGUCGGAAGAUGAAGAGAUUUAUGGGACCUGCGAUGACGCGAGAACUAUACAUUAGAAACCGAUCAUUCGACAGAGCUUUCAGGACGGAAGCCCUGGGACCAUCUUCUGAAUUGUAAUGGUGCGGAGCUUGAACCAAGCUUAUGGCCCAGACAUGCCGUCGGGUUGAACUGACCCUAUUUAUUCAAUAUGAAACCCUAUGGUGUUUUUUGCGCUUAAUUUAACUGACAUUUUUGAAACUUUAAAAAAAUAAAAUACAACACCCCCCCCCCCAAAAAAACAACAAAACAAAAAAAGCAAAAAAAUCAAAUCAAAUCAAGCCAAACAAACGAAGCUGGACUAUCUCGGUGAACUAAAUUGUAUGUUUUGAGGAGCAAGGGGUAGGUGUGAAGAUGCCAAGGGAAAAUGAUGGACAGAGAAAUUCAUCGUCACUGCCAAUGCAAUAUUUCUCAUAAGGGAGAGGAAGAGUGUUGAGUAAGGAAGAGACAGAGCCGAGCGGGCUGCCUGCGUUUCUUGGAGUGCCUCCUGAAUAUUUUUGAUACCAUUCGAUAGGCUGGUUUACAGCCUGCUUAGGCCUAUUUUCUGCAACGGCCUCUUGAUUGUAAACUCCCCUGCUGCCUUGCCAACGGUUCUCGGACUGGAUGUGCGCCCAAAAUAUUUGUAAAAUCUUUAUCUCUUUCCAUUCUGAUAUUUUGUAAACUUUGAUUUUUACUCUUGAGUCCUUGGUCUCACCACAACACGGUAUUUUUUUAUACAAGGAUUGUUUUCUUGUUCUCCUAAUUGAAUACAGUAUGGUUUUUUUUUUAAAGAUGCAGCAUUCUUGAUCGUUCUCCAAAUUUUGUACUGUUGGGAGCCUGCAGACAGUUCAGAGAGAAAGCAAGCUGCUGUUAUUAGACAACUGUGAUACUGUGAUUUAUAAACUACCAAGAAAUUCAAGUGCUUUCUUUUCCCUUUUGCAAAACCCUUAAAAAAAAAAAAAUCAACAACCCUGAAAGCUCAGAUGCUGCCUCUUUGCUGUAUCCAAACCACUUGCAUCGUGAUGGGUUGUUAGGUCCGAAGUUCCUGGUCUGCCAUGAUUAAUUAGAGUGGGGCCUGAGGAGUUGUGAUGCUAGUGUGUGUUGUAUACUUUUUAUACUUUUGUGUACCAACCUUUUAAAAAUGCUUUAUUUUUCCAAUAACUGAAACCACGUUGUAUGCAUUUUUUCCACCUGAGCACUGAGCAUCGAGGCUCCAUCCCAUUUGAAAGUGACAGCCGUAUACAGUGUGUGAGAUGGGGAGAAUGGUCAUAAGCAUUAAAAAAUUUAAAAGGGUUAGAGUUACAGCCAGACACCGACGAGUGUCAGACCUUUUCCGGAACUGUCAAGCUCGGGAAAGAAAACAGGUCAAGGAUCGAGGAUGGUACCUCUUAGUCAAUGUAUCUGUGGUCGUCUCACACGCAGAAUGUAAGCCAGUCAAAAACAUCAUACAAAUAUACUAAAGAGCACUAAUUUAUCCUCAGAGACCCUGAAGACACCCCUCCCCAGGGCUUGUAGAAAUUUGUUUUGUGUGCUGUGAGUGGCUGUUGUAGUCUUGUCAUUGUUAAUAACUUGUAUGUGAACACUAUUAUUUUGUACAGUUGAAUUUAAUUUAUUUUCUGGCAUCAUCCGUUUAUUUCCCCCUGGAAGAGUACAAAGCACACCAAAGAAUUAUAUUAUUAAUUUUGGUGAAAUAUUGUCUUUAAUAAUUCUGUGGUUUGUAACAAAAAAAAAGAGAGAAAGGAAAAAGAAAAAAAAUAUAUUUUUAAGCUUACUUGAAUGAAUAAUGUAAUGUGAAACCGAGACUCUUCCUGCAUGUCUCCUCUCCAGUGUGUUGGUUAUGAGAUUUAUAUUUAGUUUAGAGAAAGAUUCUAUUAUGAGUAGAGUUCAUGGUGCUGUCACUUUGGAAACCCUUAAAUGUUGUCUUCAGAUUGUUACGGUGAAUAUAAAGAUACAGACCUUUUUUAAAGAAAAAAAACUUUUUAACCAGAAAAACUUGAAUACGAAAUCAUUAUACAUUUUUGAAAUUAAUUUGAUUUGCACACCAUUCCCUCUCAAAGCCCUCCCCCUCCCCCCCAAACAAAACAAAAGAACAACAACAACAACAACAACAAACAAAACCCCAAACCAAGAAAAAAACUCCAAACCCCAGCCAAAACAGAAACCCCAAGAGUAAGUUAUGGGCUUUUUGAGGCUAAUUUAUGUAUCAAAUGAUUUAGAACAAAACCAUUUCUAAUUUAUGUUGAACUAUUUUAUUUAUUCAAUUUUUUCAACAGUAGUUUGCACUAUAAGUUAUUACAUCAGGUUUAUUUAUUUGAAACAGAUGUUAUUUUAUAUACUUUGCAACACAUUAAUACUCAUUUCCCCUAGAUUUCUCAAUCCAUGAUCCUCCAAAAUAAAACCCAUAAGAUUUGUAUGUCCAAAAGAGAGAAAGCAACAGUGACUCUGUCUUAAAGGUCAAUAAUAAUAAUAAUAAUAAAAAUUCUUAUUUAUUGCCUAUGUUUUCCAUAGUUGCUUAUUCAUAUGCCUAUCAAUAGCUCUCACCUCCACAGAAUAGAGGAAGGUGGGUGGGUGGCUGCUAGGUGCCAAAAUUAAACACCCAGAAAAGAUUUGGAACUUUUCCCUCCUUGAUGUCUUUAUUUCCAACAGAAAAGUCCAAAACGUUUCUUAACCUCCAUUUAUUCUUACUCUCCAGAUUAAAAAUUGUUCAGUAUGUGUAACACGGAACUAUUUUGAUUGCACACAUUUUGUCUUUACAUGUUUGCGGGUUAAACAUGCAGACUGCAUAUAUGUAUAUAUAUACACACACAGACACAAAUAUAUGUAUGAAAGUGUAUGUGUGUGCAUAUGUGUAUUUCAUGUUAACCUUGUUUUUCAGAAUAUCCACAGCAAAAAUUAAUUCCUCUAGCAGCUAUAAUACGUGGAAUGCUGAAAAUUGAAUUUACAUCUCUUUAAAAUCUAAUUUUUUUAGCCAAAGAGAGAGGAAGGGAGAAAAAAAGAGGAGGAAGAGAGGUGUAAAACUGGACUUCGACUAGCCGAGAUAUUGAAUAAACGGUACUCUGAAUGAAAUAAAA